UGUCCAGUUGUCCGCUGCCACCGGCACAAAAUUGAGCUCCGGGGAAGUCGCGACCGUGCUCUACCCCCACGCCUGCCGCGUCUAGACGCCAAGCCGACUUCAACUCAUCCCACACAUUGGCCAUCGCCAUCGCAGGCCUCAGCAUUCGAUUUCUCAUCUCAACACCCAGCUGCCAAGAAACUCCCACACAUUACAAACUCGCUACUUCUGCAUUAAAGCAACGAAAAAAAGCACGCUCGACGCAUGUCAUAGCGCACUACGCUAUCUAGCUCGGAUCUCAACCAUGAACAAGGAUUCAUCCUUCACGUUUGUGCACAUGCACCGGCCCCGCGACGCCGAUCUGUUUGAGGAUUUCUGCAAAGACAAGCUACCUGACGACGAGAUCUACGUCCCGCCCGCCCACCAGCCCAUCAACCCAGAGGACGAGGACGAUGUCGUCCCUGACCAGCAUGCCGCUUUCGGCAUUCAGCGAGCCACCCAGAAGUCCAAGGAGCCCGCCUGGAAGGACCUGGGGCUGGCUGAGUUGAUGAACAAAGGGCCCUCCGGCCGCGGUGGCGCGGGGUCCAAGAACGCCGGGACCCGGGCAUUGCCGCGCUGAGGUGUACGCCGAGUUUUAGAGCAGCCAUUGUGGCAUCACUCUAAUUGGAUGUGUUGGCUCGUUUUUUUUUUCUUCUUCCUGGUGCCAUGGCGUUGGGUGAGAUUAUUGUAAAAGAUGGGGGUCAAAGCGAAGGGUGGUGACGACACCCACCUCGGUCAAGGAUCAAUUAAGGCAUUUGAAUGGAUGGCGAGCAACAAUCCGUCUGCAGGAUUCAGUUUGAGGGAUGCAUCCAGGCUCGAUCUGAUUCAGGAGAUGCACGCCCAAAUCCCAAAUAGUCACGGCACAGAGGCAUUAGUGAGCAAGGGAGCAAGGGAGAAAGAUAAUGAGACAAAAGACUACG